CACACACGCUUGUCUAUGUCUACACUCUAAGCCCUCUCCUCCCCACUUUCUCGCUUUACUCUUUCACACCCUCUAUCUCUCCAAAACAAAAGAAAAAAACACCACCAAGGAAUGGCCGAAGAAUCCUCUCCACCACCACCAGUACUUGAGCAAGCUCCACCUUCUCCAGCCAUAGAGAAAGAUAAAGAAGACUUGCCACCCCCAGCACCAGUUGAGGAAGCUGAAUCACAAGCUGUACAGGAGAAGGAAGAGGUGCCACCACAACCAGCUGCAGCAGAACAAAAGGAGUCUAGAUCAUCAUCCUUGGCGGCGAUGAUUGAGAAAGAAGAGUCAUUUUCACCACCACCACAACCACUUUUUUCUCCUGAGGAGAAAACCGAGGUAACUGAAAAAUCAGUAGCUACUAAAGAAGAGGUUGCUGUUGUUCCUGACACUGGGAAAGAGAAAAAAGUUCCUCUAACUUUGGUUUCUUUCAAGGAAGAGAGUAACGCACUGGCUGAUCUCUCUCAUAUUGAGAGAAGGGCUUUAGAAGAACUGAAACAGUUAGUUCAAGAAGCUCUCAGCUCUCACCAGUUUAGCAGUGCUCCACCAAAAAAAGAAGAGAAACAAAGUGUCAGUGUUAUUCAAGAAACUUCAAAAACUGAAGCACCCGUUCCAGAUUCUGAUGUUGGUACUGAUAUGAAACCAUCAGCAGAGAAUCAAGAAUCGAAAGUUGAAAAAACCCCAGAAAAAGAAUCGCAAGAAGUGGCGAAAGAAGAGCAAAAGGUUGCAUCUUCUUCACCAGAGGAAGUCCCUAUAUGGGGGAUUCCUCUCUUGAAAGAUGAUAGAAGUGAUGUGGUUCUCUUGAAAUUCUUGAGGGCAAGGGAUUUUAAGGUAAGAGAUGCAUUUGUAAUGAUCAAGAACACAAUUCAAUGGAGGAGGGACUUCAAAAUUGAUGAGCUUGUUGAUGAAGAUCUAGGUGAUGAUUUGGAGAAAGUUGUGUUUAUGCAUGGUUAUGAUAGGGAAGGGCAUCCUGUGUGUUACAACGUAUAUGGUGAGUUUCAAAAUAAAGAAUUGUAUCAGAAGACAUUCUCCGAUGAGGAGAAAAGAUUGAAGUUUCUGAGGUGGCGGAUUCAGUUCUUGGAGAGGAGUAUUAGGAAGCUUGAUUUCAGUCCUGGUGGUAUUUCUACCAUCUUUCAGGUUAAUGAUCUGAAGAACUCUCCAGGACCUGGAAAGAGAGAGCUUAGGUUGGCUACUAAACAGGCUCUCCUUUCGCUUCAGGACAAUUACCCUGAGUUUGUUGCCAAACAGGUGUUUAUCAAUGUCCCUUGGUGGUAUCUUGCAUUUUAUACAGUGAUGAGUCCAUUCAUGACGCAAAGGACCAAAAGCAAAUUUGUUUUUGCAGGCCCAUCAAAUUCUGCUGAGACACUUUUCAAAUAUAUAUCUCCUGAGCAAGUGCCUAUUCAGUAUGGUGGCUUGUGCGUGGAUUUCUGUGACUGCAACCCUGAAUUUACUAUUGCUGAUCCUGCUACUGAUAUAACUGUAAAACCAGCAACCAAGCAAACUGUGGAAAUUAUAAUUUACGAGAAAUGUAUCCUUGUUUGGGAGUUGCGAGUUGUCGGAUGGGAGGUGAGUUACAGCGCUGAGUUCAUGCCCGAAGCUAAAGAUGCAUACACGAUUAUAAUAACGAAACCCACAAAAAUGUCCCCAACUGAUGAGCCAGUGGUGUCUAACAGCUUCAAAGUUGGUGAACUGGGGAAAAUAUUGCUCACAGUUGACAACCCCACCUCAAAGAAGAAGAAACUUCUUUACAGGUUCAAGAUCAACCCCUUCUCAGAUUGAGUAUCUCUUUGUGUUUAAUGUUUCCAUUUCAUAUAGUUGGAUGUGGAAAUUGAAUUAAUUUUUCUGUAAUUUUGGUGAGCCUUUUGUCUUCCUUUUUGGUUUUGGUUCUUUUGGGUCGGUAACAUUGCUGGUUGAGAACAGCAAAUGGUUUGCAUUUGGUGUUUUCUUGUCAAAUCAUUUUGUGGGAAACAGGCAAAUGGAGGGGGAUACGGUUGUCAAACUUAUAUCUACAAUUUGUACCAUUUCACUGAAGUGUUUUGCGAUGUAUAUUCUCUGUUAUCUCCAUGUCAAUAUUUUAAGUACCAUUUGCUUUAAUGUUUA